UUCUCUCUGAUCUGCAAGCAGCUCCAAACCUAUUAGUUUCGACACCGUUUUGUGAGAGGUGCUCGUUGAGAAAGCCCGAUCAUCAUCAGGUUCUGCGCGCAAAAUGUCUUAUCGCAUUGAAAUCUCGCCCUCUGGACGGGCAGGCUGUCAGGUAUCAGCAUGCAAGAAGGAGGGCAAGAAGAUUGCGAAAGGCGAACUCCGCCUGGGAAGCUGGGUCGAGUACAGGGAGCAGGACCGCGGCGGCUGGCAAUGGAGACAUUGGGGCUGCGUCUCUGGAGAGCAGGUUGUGCACAUACAACAGAAGAUUGGCAAGGAUUCCAAUGGCGAGUAUAGGUGGGAUGCUAUUGAUGGCUGGGAGGAUCUGGAAGAUCGCCCUGAUAUUCGGGAGAAGAUCAAGCGAGUCAUCAGGCAGGGCCAUAUAGAUCCUGAAGAUUUCAAUGGCGACCCCGAGAUGAACGUCCCGGGGCAGAAGGGUAUCCAUCGGCGCCAGAAGAAGACCAAGACAGAGCCCGAAGCCGAGCCAGCAUCAGGCGAGGAGGUCAAAGAUGGGAACAAGGACGAGGCGGAGCGCGAGCAGAAGGGGGCCAAAAAGUCCAAGAAAGCGGGUUCUAAGCGCCAUCGCGGAAAGACGGAGGUUGAGGACGAGGAGGCCGACGAACCGGAGCCCAAAAGACCCAGGAAAGCAACCGGCAAGCGUGGCCGGGAGGAGAAACAUGAGCCAGACGAGAACGCCGAUGAGCCGGCUCCGCCUGUCAAGAAGGCCAAGCGCGCCUCCAAGAAGGAUUCUAUGCCCGAGCCGGCGGCUAAGCCAGAAAACUCGAAAAAAGCAGCAGGCAAGGGCAAGGGUGGUGCCAGAGGUAGCGCUGCUCUCAAAGAGGAGAGUGAGCCCGAGCUCCCACCCGAGCCGACACCGGAAAAACCCAAGAAGGAAGGCAGAGGCAAGCGUGCCGCCAAGGUUGCCGUCAAGGAGGAGAGCGAUGGGGUGUCAGGGGCCGAACCUGAGCCUGAGCCCGAGCCGGCCAAGAAGAAAGCUUCGAGGUCUAAAAAAGUAAAAAAGGAGGCCUCGGCUUCUCCUGAGCCCGACACGAAGUCUGGCGCCGGCGUCGCAUCCACGUCUGCUCCCAAAUCCGGUGCGUCUAAGCCAGGAAAAGAAGAAGAGGAAGAAAGAGGCGAGGAGAACACCGCGGCGAAGACCAAGAAGGGCCGCAAGGGUUCAGAGAAGAAGUCCGUUCCUAUGUUGAAGGGACGGGCCAGAAAGGCGGCGGUUUGAGGAAGUGUAAACUCUCUACGCCAACAGCUUGAUUCCCACAGGGGGGGAUAGUCGCUCGAUUGCUCCAUUUCCUUCCGUUUGGUUGAGCUACCGAGGGGAUUUUAGAUCGGAUAAGGCUCAUCAGCUGUCCUACUCUGCAGCUAGCUGGAAUGGGAGGGGGAG